UGUGUGUCGAUCAUUUGACGAGAUUUUCGACGAAGUUGAGUCAAGUGACUGACGUGACUGCAGAGAUCGUGGAGCUGAGCAACUACCUGCACAUCUGCUCCUCCCAGACCAUGACACAGCUGCUGCAGGAGAUACAGAACGCUACUGACCGUCUCAUGUUCCUGCUGCAGUUCGGGCGGGUGCCAGAGGACCAAGUUCCACUUAUCAACAGAAUGUACGCCUGGCCACACAAGAUCCAGGAAGACUUCCGUCUCGCCGAGACGCGACUCUCACACAAGCGCGACUUGAAGGAGACAGCACUCAAGGCUCGCGUCGCCAACUUUGAGAAGACGUGAGUGUUACUAAAGUGAAUCCUGGUGGUGCUGUACAGUGAUGGAACUUCCAGAAGGGAGAGUGUGCCUUGAUG